AUGUUCACUGAGACACAGCCGAAGGAGGUUGUCCUGGUGGACGCGCACCACGCGUCGGCGUCCUCGGAGAAGGUCGCCGGCAUCGGAUGUGUUGCUGCCACAGCGGUGCGCCAAGUUGAAGCGAGCGGAUUGAAGAAGGGUAGGCCCGGCGGCGGAGCCCUUCCACCGAUACACGCAAAGGCAGCGUCGACGAGCGAGACGGCCGCUGCACCCCACCUGCGGAAGCAGCGACCGCUCUCUGGCCGCCAAGAGCCACAGCAGGGGCCCGACUCGGAUGGCCAGGCCUGCCCUGUGGCACUUCUGGCGAUAGGUGACCUGCCUGGCCGGCCCCCCUCUGCUGCUUUCAGCGUCACCGCCACUUUGAGGAGAGACGAUGACCUUCGCUCCUCCCGCAGUGCAGCUCCUCGGCGGCCCCCGUCUGCAGGUCGCUCCCCAGCGCGCCACCGCAGCAUGCAAGCUUCGCCACUUCCACAGGCGCGUCAGCACAGCGCCAACCUGACCGACGCGAACGCUAUCUCUGCGCGGGCAGGCAGCAUUGGCCGGAUGGAGGGACGGCAUCUCAGCGGUCAGGCCCCGCGACGGACGGGGCUCAAGUCGUUGAAGCUGCGGGUGGAAAGCGAAGAGGCGGCCGUCGGCCAGCUGAUGCAGGCUGGAAACAUCGGCGGAGCGCUGGUGCGGCUGAGCUGCACGCUGCAGCGCGUGCAGGACUAUCAAGCAGCAUCGAGUACUCGGAGCAGCCGACGCGGCGCUGUCAGCAGCACUGCGUCGGCGCGCACCUCCCAGGUUGCACCGCAACUGGGUGGCACCGGCGCCACGUGGGCGGCUGCGACAGCCCAGCGGCUUGCUGAGGUCUACACCAGCAUUGCCAACAAUGCUGGUGUGCAGUGCAACACAGCAGCCGAGCCGAUCCACGUGCAGGAAGCUUACUUUCAAGCCGCAAUGCGCUACCUGGUGAAGAGCUCCACAGAGGACCUGUUCUCUGAGUGGACGGCGGAGGGCGCCGCUGCGACGAGCGAGAAGCGGUUACCCCAUCCCCCACCGCAGCAGCGACCCCGCCGCUACCCGGUAAGGUCGGCAGUGCGGCCUCCAGCGCGCGAGCUCCCAUCAUGUUUCCCGUCAAGCCGUCCGAGCAAGAGCAAGGAUGGCGACCAGCAGCAGCCGCAGCAACCCGCGAUCGUCCGUCGCCUGCUACGCUGCGCUGUUCGCACCAAUGCUGCUGUGUGCCUCGGCGACAGUGCCACGCCGGGAGGACAGGCCCGCAUUAUCUAUGAGCUACUGAAAGCGCUGGCGGAGUCAGUGGGCGUGUGGAGCAUGGCGUUGCUGUACAACUUGGCGGUGUCAUUUCUUCGGGUCGGCAGCUAUGACGACGCCGCAGAGGCGAUUGCGCGGUUCAUGGAGGUGAGCUGGUACUACCUCGAGUGGGCUGAGCAUUUGCAGAGCACUGAAGACGGCGGCAGCGUUGCUAGCGUUGCCGCGGCUGUGCACACGCACGCGGCGCUGCAGCUAAUCCGUGGGCACCACUUCAUCGCUGCAAUGGCGGCCUGGUGUGAGCCGCAGGGCCCCAUGGAGGUGUACCACUGCGAACUUGCCAGCGCCUGCGCAGAGCACUAUCUGAGCCGUUCCGACAGGGCGCAGCGGAGGUGCCAGCGCCGUCUCGCCGCAGCUCAGGCGAGGGCCACCACGGGCGCCAGCGCCACAGAGGCACACACGGUGGCCGCUGCGGAUGGACCUCCAUCGCCGCUGAUGUUGCCGUAUGUGACACAGGACCUGAUUCUCUCUUGUCCCUCAUUCACAAGGGAAGCGGUGACGGGUGAUGUCGGGUCCAUCACUGUCAUGAUGCACCUGCUCGUUGAGGCACUCGUUGCCUCGUCCUCGCUCAGCGCGUCGCUGCCGGCGGAGGUGAGGGCGUACGUGCGGGAGGUGCAAAAAGGUGAAUCCAUGCGGUACUGGGCACGCAUGGCCCUGCGCGCCGGUGCGUCGCCGCCGUUCUUGUCAGCGGCCGUAGCCGCCUCAACUGCCACACCGGUGCCGCCGGUCCUGACGGCGCUUCUGAGCCACUGCGAAGAGGGCGAGUGUGUGUGGGCACGGCAGUCCUGGCUGCAAUCGCUGGCUCGCAGGGACGCUGAGGACGACGCCUCUAGCCCACUCUGGCCGCUGACCUCCGCCGCAAUACCGGCAAGGGCGAGUCGCGCCUCGGCUGCUGCUUCGUCGUCACCAUGUCGUGACGUCGCUCCCGGCAAGGUGGCAGAUGCCUCCACCUCCCUCAUCACAACCGCCCCGCCGACGCCGCAUCAUGAGCACGGCGUUUCAUUGGGUGCGACAAGUCCUUGCAAGCCGAGCAAGCCGGCACCCCUUUUCGUCACGACGCUCCCCAAGAGCGCCUACAGCCGGUACCGCAGGCUCCGCGAAGGCAUUGUCGCUCAGCUGGAGAACGCAGAGCAGACGGCGCAGCGGGAGGCCGAUGUGUUCGAGGCAGCGGGGCCACUUUCGGUGGGUGGUGACGAUGCAGACGCGGUGCGCGCCGAAAGCGCGAACUCUCGCUCCACGGCCACUUCCACGAUCUUGCCAGCAGAUGCAGCGGCUGCGCCGUCACGCAGGCAACGCGUGACGGCUCUCCUCGUCGGCGCAUCGAGUACCGUCACCUCUCCGGCGGCGUCGUUGUCGCGUGAGGGCCACGGCGGCGAUGCUACCGGUUUAUUCGGCCUCCUGGAGGAAGAGGCGACAGAGCACCACGACCUGAGGAGCGUCGCCACCACUAUCGUGCUCGAUCCUACGCUGCUGGCUGUACCUGUCCGCCCUUCGGAGCUGCUGCGGCAGCUCGACUUGGAAACGGAGGCGCGCUACUCUCGUCUCGUUGCGGACCCCCUCGCAGACUUGCAGCGGGUCGCCUCAACGCGCGUGCAGGCAUGGUGGCGGAUGCAGCUCGCGCGGGAGGCGCUGCGCCGGCGCGCGGCGGACGUGGAGAUGUAUCUUCGCCGCGACGCCGCGGCCUCUCUCAUUCAGACAGGUUAUCGGCACUGGAAGGAACGCGCGCCUGCCAAGGCGGAACUGCACCGCCUGCGCGCUCAUCGAGAGCGAGUGCGCUGCGUCACCAUUCUCCAAGCCUUCGUGCAGCAACGCGCCAGUGUGGAGGUGUGGGGGCGUGCCUGCUUGGCGUGGUACCAGGCCCUCGUAGUGCAGCGGGAGAUCGAGAGGCGGCGCGCGGCUGCCACCAUCACUCUCCAGAGCUGGUGGCGGAUGCACAUGGCCCGCAGGCAGCUGCGCGACUCGGUGGCGGCCGCCAUUCGCCUUCAGUGCUUGUGGCGCUGCAAACUGGCACGGUGUGAGCUGCGCACGCGCCGCGUGCACCGCCGCCUCAUGCAGGAGCAGUGGCGAAGGGAGCGAGUGCCGCAGAUUAUUUUUGUGCAGCGUUGGUGGCGAGCCUGUUGCGCUCGCUGGGCCGUAGGCGACCUGCUCUGCCAGAGGCAGCGUGCCGUGGAGGAGUACCUGACGGCGCAAGAGUCCGAAUACGAGGCAGUCAUGCGCACGAAGCUGCGAAGUGUGGAUAACGUUGAGGCGGCCAUGCGGUGCGUGUUGGCGGUGCUGGCCGGCUCACGAGACCGUCGCCAACUCACUCAGAUCGCUAUGCACGCACGAGUGCGGCAGCGUGUCGUGCACAGGUUUGUGCUCCUCUGGCGCGGUCGAGAGGAGCUGCAGCAGCUGCGCCGAGGCCGGGCUGCGGCGCUGGCUCUGCAGAGGCGACGGGAGGAGGUGGCGGUGGCGACGGUGACCCUGCAGUCGUGGGUGCGCUCGUGGCUACCGCACCGCCGUGCAAUACGGGAGUGCGCUGACAGGGCCUACUUGCAGGCGCACGCGUUCAAGAUUUGGGACGCGUUUCGCCACCACCGUGCGCGACAAGCCCUAGUGAACGGACGAACGGAGCGCCGCAUGCUCGGCGUGGCUCGCCGUCUUGCGGAUGCGCGAAACGACGCCGCAACGCGCAUUCAAUCCACGUGGCGCAUGUACCGCACGCAGCGGGAGCUGUUCGACCUCUUCCAGUUUAUGCUCCGGGACCGACACAGGUAUGCGACGGCGGUGCAGCGCCGCUGGAGAGGGCACUACGCGCGAGCGGUGCUUGCCCCUCAGCGAGAGGCGUGCGCCACGGAGCGCGAGGCCGGCUUGCAGCAUCGCGCAGUCCUUCAUUGCGCCGCCACCAGGGUGCAGUCGCUCUACCGCAUGUACCGCGUUCGAAUCCAGCUGCUGCGGCUUGGCGUGCUGCUGCGGCCAACUUCAAUGUUCCGCAUCGCCGCCGCUCGCCGAAUCCAGACGUGCUGGCGCGCCUGCGCCGCCCACCGGCGCGUAUUGCGGCUUCGCCUGCAGCGCAGCUACGCGCUCAAGCUGGCACAAUCGCAGGAGGCGCUGCACGCCUACGCUACGCUCAUCCAAGGCGUUGCUCGAUCGUACCUCGUGCGCUGUGGCCGAGUGCCUCAACCAAAGCCGGCACCCGAGGCGCCCGCGCCUGUUGCGGCGGUCACCAAACUGUGCAUUCUGCGGCCUCCUCCUAUCCAUCGCGCUUGUGCGGCUGCUGCGUCUCGCUCGACCCCACUCCACAGAGUUCCCUCCACCGAACACAAUAUAGGGACGGUGCCGGUGCCGCCAUUGCUCACGAGGGCACCAGUUACCGUUGAGGAGACCGUCGCCAUGCCCAUCUACAGCAGCCAUGGCGCCCCUGCAGUGGUGCGCAUCCAUCAAUGCAACUUUGAUGGCAGAUCCUCUGCCCAGUCGCUCAUCUCCGCCGACCCCCUCAGUUUGCGCACCACGUCUAUGACGAAGAGCCGCUGCAACUCAGCCUCCCUCUCCCGCCUUACCAGCACCUCGGAUAAGCCGCUUAACUUGCUGCAAAGCGUCAGCACCGACGUCGUCGGGUCGCUGCGCAGCACACGACUCCCGCCUUCCUGCCCACACGAAAGGGCAGCGGUAGACUCACAUCGGGUAGUAGGGUUAUCGUGUGAGACGGAACACUUGCCCGCCUCGACGGACUCCAUUGCUCAAACCUCCACCUAUUCGGCAGCUGCAAAGGCGGUCCCGCAAACCACGACGGGGCUUCCCGUGGCACAGAGCAGUAUCGGCUGUUCCUUGCUCUGCCACCACACUCCGCAGCAGGUUGAGGCCGCGGUGCGCAUUCAAGCUGUAUGGCGCGGCUACCACGUGCGUUGCACCAUCGAGUUCUACUACGAAGAGUGCUCCGAAGAGAUCGAGGAGGAGGAGACGAAGGAGGACAGCUAA